AUGUACGGUGGGAAGCAAGUCAAGCUGCACAGCUACUGGCAGGAUGCCAAGGUUUUGGCCAGGGACUUUUGUCGCGAGAGUUCGAUCCACGGGUUCAAGUACCUGAUGGGAUCUCAUCGGGCUCUUAUCGAGAAAAUUUGGUGGUUUGCGGUGACCUGCAUCUCGCUAUACGGCUGCGGAAGCCUCAUCCACAACGUCUAUCAAAAGUGGCAGAUGGAUCCGGUGAUCGUGAGCUUCGCGACGAAACCCGUGCCGGUAUUUCGGAUUCCCUUUCCCUCGGUGACCAUCUGUCCGGAGAUUAAGGUGAAGAUGGAUCGGCUGAACUUUACCCAAAUCUACAACGAAGUCAUCGAGGGGACUCUCAAGGAACAAAUGGACGGGGAGCGGGUUGGGAAGCUACUGGCGAUGCUGCAAGUCUGCGACUUUGUCCUCUACGAGGUCUUCACCAACGAAACAUUCGACGAUGACUGCGUAAGGCUGCUUCAGCAGAUGAAGAUUCCUCAGAACGAGUUGUUCUUGUACUGUCAAUGGCGCGAUGAAAACGUAAAUUGCAGCGAAAAGUUUCGCCCGACGCUGACCGAGAAGGGAAUCUGUUACACGUUCAACUCACUAUCGGAAGAUGAUCUGCUACGCAAGGAAGGGCUACAUAACGAGUACCCGUACCUGGCAGAAACAAGACCAAUUGUCAACUGGACCUUGGACGAAGGUUACUCUCCCGACGCCACCCGUGGCGUCUAUCCGCAGCGAGUUCUAGGAUCAGGAAUCAGCGCCGGCCUGAACGUCAUGAUCAAAGCCAACUUGAGCGACAUGGACUACCUGUGCAGUAACACGUUCCAGGGGUUCCAAGUGCUCCUACACACCCCACACGAGUACCCCCAACUCAGCCAGCGACACUUCCGAGUCCCGCUGAACCAACAGGUCGUGGUCUCGGUCACUCCGGACAUCGUUACAACCUCGGAAGACGUCAAAGCGUACCAACCGCACCGCCGCCAGUGCUACUUUGACAACGAGCGCUACCUGCGCUUCUUUCGAAUCUACAGCCAGAAGAACUGCGAGCUCGAGUGCCUCACCAACUACACCCUGGAGCAGUGCGGUUGCGUCAAAUUUUCAAUGCCACGGCCGGCGGACGCGAGGAUCUGCGGGCUGAGCAAGAUCCGGUGCUACAAGCGAGCCGCCGUGGACAUCUUGCUGUCGAACGCGAAGAUGAUCGUCAACAAGAGUAAGAUAUCGAAGGACAAGUGCGACUGCCUGCCGGCUUGCUCGACGCUACGCUAUCACAGUGAGCUGUCCCAGUCGGAUUUUCAGUGGACCAAGAUGAUCCCGGUGGCGAAGGCGUACCGGACCGAGCUGCAGGGGGUUCAACUAGCCAAUUUGGUGGUGUUGUUUAGAGAUGCUGGAUUCAUUCCGGUUGUGCGACGUGAACUCUACGGAUCAACGGAUCUGCUUGCAAACUGUGGAGGAUUGCUGGGACUGUUCAUGGGGAUCAGCAUUCUUAGUUUGGUUGAGAUUUUGUACUACUGUUCGAUCAAACCAUUGGUCAUCUGGUGGAAAGGGAUGAACUUGACCCCGGUCAAACAGAUAACUCCCAUUGCGGAGUACAAGAAUCCCUUCGCGAGCAAGAUUCUCCACGCAGGGUACAAAUCCGAUGUCGUAGGAAAGUUCUACUUGAAGUGA